UAGUUGUCAAAGCAUCUUCAACUGGUUGCAAUUUGCAAAUUGCCUGCGUGAAGGUGUAGUGUCAGAGGGAGGAGCAAAAUUAAAGCUCCAAUAACAACAACGUAUAUGUGAAUUCAAGGAAGUGAUGCGGAGAGAAUUUGCUGUUCAGUGAAAAACAAAAUGGGCAUUUUAUUCAGUCGAAUGUUUUCUUCUAUUUUCGGCAAUAGAGAAGCUCGAAUCCUUGUACUAGGCCUCGACAAUGCCGGAAAAACAACCAUUCUCUAUCGGCUUCAAAUGGGCGAGGUAGUCUCCACGAUCCCAACAAUUGGAUUCAAUGUGGAAACUGUACAGUAUAACAACAUUAAGUUCCAGGUCUGGGAUUUGGGUGGGCAGACAAGCAUCAGGCCAUACUGGAGAUGUUAUUUCCCAAAUACCCAAGCUGUGAUUUAUGUUGUUGAUUCAAGUGAUACUGAUAGAAUUGGAAUAGCCAAAGAAGAAUUUCAUGCAAUUUUGGAGGAGGAAGAAUUGAAAGGUGCAGUCAUACUUGUUUUUGCGAACAAGCAGGACCUCCCCGGUGCUCUUGAUGAUGCUGCUGUGACUGAGGCCUUGGAGUUGCACAAGAUUAAAAAUCGCCAAUGGGCCAUCUUCAAGACGUGUGCUGUUAAGGGUGAAGGCCUCUUUGAGGGCUUCGACUGGUUGAGUAACACUCUCAAGUCAGUGGGCAGCUAACUUUUCAGUGAAAGUGCAUGGUAGGCAGGAGCGAUCUUAAUUGCUAUGGCCAUUGUUUAUGCUUGGCAUGCAUUUCUUUUUUGUCAUGUUCUAUCUUCUUAUUGGCCUCAUUUAUGGAGGCUAUGCUUUUCGUAAUAACAGCUCGAAGAGUUAUGGUAGUGAUUUACACAAAGAUUUUGGGAGAAAAAAAAUGCAUUUAACGUGUUAACAGUUCUAGUUA